AUGCUGUGAGGGCAUUAAAGCCAAUGAAGGAUACAACAGCACUGAUGUCAGAAGAGAGCAAUCCAACAGUGUCUCUCAUUGCUCCUCUAAAUGCGCAACUCCUCCAGAAUAUGUCAGACACCACCGGAGACUCACACAUAAUGCGUGAUAUCAAGAAUGCAAUCAGAACAGAUCUCCUGAAAAGGUACAACAGUGAGUCAGAGAAGAGGAUCUUUCAUGCAGCCUCUGCCCUGGAUCCCCGAUUUAAGGGAAUGCCUUUUCUUACAGAAGAGGAGAGAUUGGAAGUAUACCGAGCACUGACAGAGGAGAAUGCAUCCUUGGAGAAUGAGUGUGCGCGUAGAAGUACAGAAGUGGAUGAAGCACCUGAGGGAACAGGAACUCUAGGAGAAGAAACAUCCAUGGAGGACAGCCCCUCUGCUGCUCCCAAACGAAAGGCCUCAUCGUCAUCGCUGCUUGUCAGUUUGCUGGGACAGUCUUUCACUGACACUGAAGGUACAGUAAAACCCAAGACCCCUUAUGUCAUUGCUAAGGAGGAAAUGGAGGCAUACUGUAAAGCUCCAUCUCUGCCUCUCACUGAGGACCCUUUGAACUGGUGGCGUGUCCAUGAGGUCAUGUUUCCUCUCCUCUCUCUGCUGUCCAAGCGAUACUUGUGUAUCCCAGGCACAAGUGUGUCUGCAGAGCGAGUUUUCUCCACAGCAGGAGAUGUGGUCACUGCUAAAAGAAGCACUCUUAAACCAGAGCAUGUGGACCAGUUAGUGUUCUUAAAGAAAAAUCUACAAAUUCCCAAAUGCUGAGCAGUGACUCAUGCUGAGCUGUUUGUGAUGUUUCAGGAACUUUCCUGUGCCCAGUUCUGAAAUUUUAUAUUUGUUUUUAUUUUGUGUAUUAAAACACUGCUGAAGUGCAAAUUAAAUUUUUUGAAGACAAGUGUGUGACCUGGCCUCUUGUUUAUUUUGGUGUAUAAAUUUAAU